UUAUAGUUAACAGAUUCAUCUUUACAAGCUUUCCAAUCGAAAUUGUUUAAAACAACAAAGAGUGCCCCACUUCACUCUACUUCAUGAAACACCAACACAUACACGACAGCUGAUUGUGUUGCGUUGUCAUCAUCGGGCUUUGUUUAUAGCCGUUCCAUCGCUAUCCCAUCGUGUUUUAGCGGUUGUAUUUUGUGUUAAAUUCUGUAAGUUUUAGCAAAGCAAACAUGUCCUCAAAGGAAGCCAAAGCCGCCCUAAAGGAAGCCCGCGAGGCGGUAAAGAACAAGAAGUUUUCCGAUGCAAUCAAGCUGUGCAAUAAAGUGCUCAAAGAGCAGAGCGAUAACUAUAUGGCGCUGUUGCUGCUGGGCGCAUCCUACCAGGACAGCGACAAGAAGGAAGCGGCCACCUACUUGAGACGGGCGGUAGGCUGCACCGCCGAACCACCGAUCGUGGCACUGCAGGGACUGGUCGGCUGUGCCGACGAUACCGAACUGCCCGACGUGUGCGAAAAGCUGCUCACGCUCACGCCGGACAAGUUUGCCGAUCUGCAUGCGAAGCUGUUCGGUGUGGCCGCCCGGGGAAUGCUCGGCAAGGCAUUGCGCCUGCUGGAGAGGGAAGCGACUGAUGCCGGCUGUGAGGAGGCGAGAAGAGCUUCCGCCUUCGAGUAUCUCGGCAAGUUAGUGGCCCAGUAUACCGAGCUCGAGAUCACGGAACCGGCCUUGGUCGGCACAGUGCUGGAGCGCGAAAUUCGUAACGAUGGUGACGUGUAUCAGCAUGACAAGUUCAAUCGCUACCUGAAGCUGCUCCAUCGUGAGAAACGGUACGAUCGGUUGGCAGCGAUCGCCGCUGCCAUGCACGAACGCUUCCCGAACGACAUCUACCCGCUCGAAUGGAUCUGCAAGCUGUACAGCGAACGGAUCGUCCCGGAGGAAACGCUCUCAACUGUCCUUACCCACAGCCUGGAGCACUACUUCGACCGAGCGCUAGCCAUCGCACCAAAGUCUCCCACCGUUCUGCUGGCGAGGGGAAAACUUCUGUACGAGGCGGGCAAACUGUCGGAAGCCGAACGGUACCUAAGGCGGGCGAACGAAAUUCAACCACUGUGGAGCGCAUGCAUGACACUGCUGGCCGAAAUUUACUUCCGCCAGAAGGCGUACGGACUGGCGGAAAAUCUGUACCGCAAUAUGAAGGUGCAGAGCCGGAACUACGCCAUCGCACUGAUGCAGGACGAAAGCGAGGAAAAGUUGCGCGAAGCGAACCGCUGCUUCGCGACACUCUACGAAACGGACCGGUCAGUGGAGCUGCUGUUUCAUUGGUGUAAAACCAGCCUGCUGCUGGGCGAACACGAUGCGGCCGAGCAACGGAUGGGCGAACUCGAACCGACUGAGAUCGAACCGGACCAGCUGGAUUAUUUGCGUGCGCUGCGCGCAAAGAUGGCCGGAAAUGUGGAACAGGCGAUCGAAAUUCUUUCACGCCACCCGGCGAGCAGUAUCUGCCUGCUGGAGCUAUCCCUCGUGCUGGACGGCGUGGAAGGCAGGCGGGACGAUAGCUUCCUGGCCGCACUGAAGGCAACCAAGCUCGAUCCCAACAAUGCCGCCUGCUUCUAUCGGCUCGGCAAGCUGUACCAGCAGCAGGGCGAUGCGCUGCGGGCCCGCAAAUGCUUGGAAAAGAGCGUCCAUCUCAGUCCGGCGGCAAGGAAUGCCGUCAUUUUGCUGAGCGGCCUGUACCGCAGGUACAACGAGUGGGAUGCCAAUGCGGCGCUGCUUUCGACCACGUUUUCGCUCUGUUCGGGUGCGGCCAGGGCUCAGCUACUGCUCGGGCUGCAUCAUCUCGGUCGGCAGGAGUAUGACGAAGCGAUCGGCGCCUUCCGGACGGUGCUGCGGUACGAGGUGAACAAUCCGACCGCCUGGGAAGGGUUGGCGGAUGCGUACCUGGGCCGCGGGUCGUAUUCGUCCGCGAUGAAGCUGUUCGAGAAGAUAACGGAGCGUGACCCGGACAAUCCGUACCCGCUGCUACAGCUGGCCAAUAUUAAAAAUACCGUCAAGCAGCACAGAGAUGGAUUGGAACUGUUCGAGCAACUGCUCGCCCGACAUGAAAACUACUUUCCCGCCAUCAAGGGCGUCGCCGAUUCGCACAUGGGGCUUUGCUUCUAUCGGCUCGGCCAGCGUCUCGUUGGUCGUAGCCGCGAUCACGCCCAGGCUUGUGUGGAGCAUCUAACGAGGGCGAUAAAAAUGAAACCAAACUUUCUCUGCCUGUGGCACCAGCUGGGAAAGGUUCUGGACACGGUUGCAGCGUUCCCUUCCACCCAUUCGCAUCUGAGCAUCGAGGGCAGUUUGGCGGGAAGUGUGCAGCAUCAGCGCGUACUGCUCAAGCGUAACCAACUGUCCGAACUGGCCGCACGGUGCUAUGGUCGCAUUGUGAAGCAAAAUCCCGACAACAGCGUGUACUGGUACGAGCUAGCCGCAAAUCACUUCCGCCGCGCCAUGGAACUGGCACCGGCAAACGCUGAUCCGAAUGGUACGAACAGCGAGCGUGUAAAAAUGCUAUACAUUGCGCAAGAUAUGGCGAAGCAGGCGAUCAAGCUGGAUCCGGCCCGGUGGCAGAAUUGGAACCUGCUCGGUGUGAUCUGUGCCACGGGCGAGGUGAACAAUCUCGCCCUCGCCCAGCACUGCUUCGUGGAAGCGGUAACGGUGGAUCGGAAGACGGCCGCCGCCGCCUGGAACAAUCUGGGCGUGCUGUAUCUCGGCCACGGUCCGCUCGGACUGGCCAACAAAGCGUUCGGGCGGGCGCAGCAGUGCGACACCACGUUCAUGAACGCGUGGAUCGGCCAGGCCAUGAUUGCGGAACGGGUCGGGCAGAUGGACGAAGCGAUGGAUCUGUUCCGGCACUGCACGCAGCUGGGCUAUCAUCGUGAGGCCGCCCUCGGGUACGCGCACUGGGUGUGCUCGAUCGUGAACGAGGACAACUAUCACGAGAACGAGCGGUACCGGUUCGCGAUCGAUGCAAUGGCCGCCCUGCCCGUUGCGCACGAUGCGAUCGGUUGGCACUGUGCGGAUUUGGCCGACCGCUCCUCGGUGGUGGCAUUGCGCUUUCUGGGCAAUCUGAGCAGCCGGCUGGGACUGUGGCGCACCGCUUCCGAUGCGUACGGUCGCGCGGCGCAAGCUGCAACGAACCCAGCGACGAAGGAUCAAAUUUUGUGCGAUCUGGGACACUGUUUGACGAAGCAGGGGCGCCAUGCGGAAGCCGUCCAGUGCUACGAACGCAUGCGCGGGGAACCCGGCUUCCGGGCGGUGAUUGGACGGGCGCAGGCUUACUUCCGUGCGGCACAGUACGAGCAGUCGUACGCCGAGUACGAGCUGGGACUGAACCAUCUCGCCAAAACGGAUGCCGAGAAGGCGUACGUGCUGAUUGCAAUGUCCGCGAUGGUGUACGCUUUCCACGGACAGGAUGCCGCCAGGACGGUGCUCUUUCAAUGCAUUGCACUGCCGCAACCUCCGAUUGAGGCACUGUUUUCCGCCUGUGCACUCGGACUGCUGCACAAGGACGCCAUGCUAACGGAUCUCGUCAUCAAGGAGCUACGCAAACACGAAGACGAUCCUGUCCAGGGUCAUCACGUGGUGUUCUUCGUAUCGGAGUUUUACUGGCAAACUCAACAACCAAAGCAAUGUUAUACCUAUCUGCUGUCGCAAAUGCAUCGUUACCCUCACCGGCCGAAGCUGUGGCAAGUGCUAGCCAUGACGCUGCUGAAGCGCUUUCGCACGUCGGCCAACAAUCUACGCCUGGCGUGCAACGUGGCACAGGGUGCGGUCACGCUGGAUUUAGCCGACCGAAAGCGUCGCACACGUGCUGGCGAUGCGGCCAGAUGGCUCGCGGUGGCGAGUGAAGCCAUACGCCCGGUGGACAACCGACGGUGCCGCAUUCUGGCACAGCAGGCGGUGCACGCGGAUCCAACCAACCGUGAAGCAUGGGGAGCAUUCUUACAAAUGACCCAAUAAGUACCGAUCGAUCCGGAAAGGAUAGUUUUUUUUCUUCAGAUAACUUUAUUGUAAAUAAACAGAACAUGGCAAGAUA